AUGGAAAAAACAGGGGAAAAUAACACAACACUUCCUCAACAGGCUCUGAGUCGCAUGAGGAAAUUCUCGCGAUACUCCCCGGAAAGGAGUUUGGAGGAGGUCGUCAAUGGUUCACUCGGACGAAAGACGAGGUCGCCAUCAAAUACGUUUGCAAAAGCAGGGGCGCCUGAGACGCUGAACGUGGAGGUGGCGUUGAUGACCCUGGUCAGUUCGGCUCCUGCCUGCCCAAACGUCCUGCAGCUGCUGGAGUGGUUCGACCAUCGCAGACGCUACACCAUGAUCCUGGAGCGUCCCGUUCCUUGCCAAGAUCUCCAGAGUUUCUGCGAGGAGAACGGAUGUCUGGAGGAGACUCUGGCCAAGAAAGUCCUGCUCCAGCUGAUCACGGCGCUGAAACACUGCAAGAGCCGCGGAGUCCUGCACCGGGACGUCAAACCGGAGAAUCUGCUGAUCUCCACUGAGUCCCACGACAUCAAGCUGAUGGACUUCGGCUGUGGAGAUCUGCUGCGAGACUCGGCCUACAGACACUUUGCAGGCACUCUUCAAUACGCCCCUCCUGAGUGGUUUCGGCAGCAUCUCUAUCAUGCAGGACCGGCUACGGUUUGGUCGGUCGGAGUGACGCUCUACAGCAUCCUGUGCGGCUGUUUCCCCUUCAGAGGAGCACGGAAGGACACCUCCAGAAGAAGACUGCUUUUCCCUAGACAGCUGUCUAGAGGCAAGAGACAGACGUCACGUCCAGAUCCAGAAAGGAGGCGACAGAUGUGAAAGACACCGCUGAGAUGGUGAAGGAGGCCUUGCAGCAGGCUGAGCGCAGACUCGGAGCUAAAACCUUCGGCUGCUGAAGUUGGAAAGCGAUGUAGCUUUGCUGAAAGAAAAGGCACUCAACACCUCCACCAGCGCCAACAGCACAGAGAAAGAGACGGACAGCAUCAAGCAGCUCAAAAAGGAUCUGGAUUCAGAGCUGAAGGACAAGUACAGUAGUGUCGAGGAGCUGAUCACACAGAAAGCAGAAGGAGUGGCAGAGGCCAAGAAAAGAGCAGAGAAACUCCAACAGGAAGCCAAAACUCUGCUGCUACAGGCCAGCGACAAACUCCAGCUGCUAAAAAAUCUUGAGAAGAACUAUGAUGAAAAUCAGAAGCUGCUGGAGGACAAGGCCAAUGAACUGGUGGAUCUGGAGAAGGCCAGAUUAAAAAAUAAAAUAAUAGAAAUGUGAUUUUUAAAAACGUUUUUGUUUACAGAUA